AUGUCUUCAUUACGAAUCUUAAUUCUUUAUAUAAUUUUGACAAUAAGAAUUAUUGAUAAUAAAAAUAUUUAUUUUACACAAUCAACUUAUGAUAUAUGGUGUCAAGAAAAUAUUCUAUCAAAUUCAUUAUUUCUUUAUCCUAAUCGAAUACGUACAGGUAUUUAUCAUACAUCAAAUAUAAAAUCUGUCGUCUAUUAUCUUAUUGAUGAUAAUAAUAAUCAUAAUGAUUUAUUUUAUGUUAAAACAAAACAUUUAGGAGACUUUUAUUUUUUUAUUCUUAAUAUAACACGACCAUUUGAUAUUAAUCGAGAAUAUCAAGAUAUUUAUAUACUUAAUAUUCAAGCUGAUAUUAUCACUACGGAUGGAAAUUGGACUGAACAAGCAAAAAUUUAUCUUCAUGUUGCUGAUUCAAAUGAUAAUGAUGGAGUAUUUGAUAUGGAUAUAUAUGAAAAAAAUUUCACUGAACCUAUUGAACUUCAACAAUCAUUAAUAAAUUUUCAUGCAAGUGAUGCUGAUGAAAUUCAAUAUGCACAAAUUCUUUAUGAAUUAUCAUCAACAUUUAAUGAUAUAUUUUCACUUCAUCCAUAUACAGGUGAAUUAUAUUUAAUAACAAAUAAUAAUUUACAAUCGAUAUAUGAAUUUGAUAUAUAUGCAUAUGAUCGUAAUCGAAAAUAUUUAAUUAAUAAUAAUAAUAUAAAAACAAAAGCACAUGUUAAAUUAAAUUUUAAUGAAAAAAAAAUUUUUUAUCAAAUAAAAACAAUAUUUAAUGAAAAUAUUGAAUUUAAACAAAUAAUAUCUUCAUAUAAAAUUAAAUUUAAAAAAAAUUCUUAUUGGAAUAUUUUUAAUAAUCAUCAAUCAAUAUUAAUUAUUGAAAUAUAUCCUUAUAUAAAAUUUUUUGAAAUAUUUCUUUUAAAUAAUUCAUCAUUAAAUUCAAUUAAUUUAUUUAUACAAGAAAAUAAAAUUUAUUUAAAUAAAUAUUAUUUUGAUGAAUAUAAUCUUCAAAUUCUUAUUUGUUUUUUUAAUCGUACAAAAUGUCAAUAUACAAAUUAUAAUAUUAAUUUUUUAAUUGAUUGGAAUUUAUUUGAAUUUUAUUUUAAAAAAAUUCAACCUAUUACAAUAGAAGAAAAUUUACCUAUUAAUUCAUUUAUAACAUAUAUACAACUUCAAUAUAAUAAUAAUAAUAUUAUUAAUUAUCAACAAUUAAUUAUUAAUUAUAAAUUAUUAAAUUAUCAUAAACAAUUUAAUCUUCAUUCAAAAAAUGCUAUUUUACGUCUUGGUAAAUAUAUAAAAAAUCAAAAAUAUAUAUUAGAUAUUCAAGCUGAUAUUUAUUUAUUUAAUCAAAAUUAUUCAAUAAAAACAAAUGUUGAAAUAAAUAUAUAUGAAAUUAAUAAAUAUCGACCUUGUUUUAAUAAUCAAACAUUAAUAGAAUUAUAUGAAUUACCAUAUCAAUUUCAAACAUAUGAUUAUGAUGAAAAUAAACAAACAAAUGGAUAUAUUACAUAUUAUUUAUCAAAUUGUUUUAAAGAUUGUCCGUUUGAAAUUAAUUCAAAUAAUGGAAUAUUAAAUUUAAAAAAACAAAAAAAUUUUAUUAAAGAACAUAUUUAUUAUUUACAAAUAAUUGUAUUUGAUUGGGGUGAACCUAUAAAUUUUGAAACAAAAAUUGAUAUACAAAUUGAUUUAUCAUCAAAAUUAAUUAAACGAAAUUUAAUAAGAAAAAAAUCAGAUAUGAAAAUAUCAAAAAAUCAAUCAAUAUCAUCAUCAUUAAUAAUACCAGAACAAAGAUAUUAUUCGGCAUUAUCUUCAAAUACAAAGACUAUUUAUCUUAAUAUUGGUUUUAAUCAAAAUUCAACAUCUUAUCAUGUUUCAGAAGAUUCUGAAAUAAAUACAAUCAUUGAUCGUUUAAAAAUUGUCUAUGACUCUUUUCCUUUAUACAUUAAUGAUGAAAAAGAUAAUCUUUUUUUCUAUAUCAUUAAUGAUACAUCAGUACCAUUUACAAUUGAUCAAAAUGAAAAAACAAUUAAAUUAAUAAUUCCUCUUGAUCGUGAAAAACAAGAUCAAUAUACAUUUGAAAUUGAAUUACAAUUAAAAUCUACUUAUGCAAUGAAAUUACAAGAAAUAUAUAGUUUUCAAGAGAAAAAUUCAUCAUCAUUUUAUUUUCAAUAUUCAAAUAAAUAUUAUCAAAAAAUAUUUAUCACAAUUUAUAUUGAUGAUAUUAAUGAUAAUAUUCCAAUAUGUAAUUAUUUUCAUAAACAUAUUUAUUUAAAUGAAAAUAAAAUACAAACAAAUAUUUUUCAUGUUCAAGCAAUUGAUCUUGAUCAAGGUGAAAAUGGUACAAUAUUUUAUUCAUUACUUGAUUAUAAUCAAUAUUUUACAAUUAAUCCUUAUAAUGGACAAAUUGAUUCUAUUCAACCCAUUGAUCGUGAACAAAUACCUUUUCUUCUAUUACAUAUCAUCGCUUCAGAUCAAGGUCAACAACUACAAUUACAAUCAAUUUGUAUGACAUUACAUAUUACAAUAGUUGAUAUCAAUGAUAAUGUUCCUCAAUUUUCAUUAACUAAUUAUACUUACUAUCUUUUUUCUGAUUUACCACGAGACACAAUAUUUGGUCAAAUUUAUGCAAUAGAUUUAGAUUCAACAGAUAAUCUAAUUUAUUCCAUUGAUUCAAAUCCAUAUGUUAAAAUACAUCGACAUAGUGGUCAUCUUCGAUUGAAAUAUAAUCUAUAUCAUAUGAUUGAUCAAAACAUAAAUAUUACAGUUAAAGUAUCCGAUGGUUUACAUGUAAAUUAUACAUGGAUUUAUAUUUAUGUCAUACGUUUUAUAGAAAUACAAGAACCAAUUCUUUUACGUCAACCAGCUUAUGAUAUAAUAAUUAAUCAAUCUUUACCGAUUGGAACUAUUGUUGUAAAUGUUUAUGAACAUUUGCAACUUUUAGAAUCAUCUAUUGAUUUUAUUGAUAUAAUUCAUGAAGAAAAUACAAUACCAUUUUCUAUCGAUCAACAAGGUUCUAUUCGUCUUAUACGUUCAUUAAUUGAUUUAUCUAAUGCAUCUUAUUGGCUUUCAAUACGUUUAACACGUUAUCGUGCUCAUCCACCACAUUCAUUUGUUCAUAUUCAUAUAUCAAUUCUAGAAGAAAAUUUCUAUUUACCACAAUGUAUAGAUAUUUAUCAAAAUAUAAAAAUUUAUGAUUAUUCAAUUCAAUCAACAUUAACUUCUAUACAAGCAUUAUCAUUCUAUGAUAAUAUUGAUCUUCAAUAUUCAAUAGUAAAUAAUGAUAUAAAUGAAAAAAUAUUUUCUAUUAAUAAACAAACAGGUUCUAUUCAAUUAUUAUCAUCAAUUCAAAAUAAUUAUUUAUUAACAAUACAAGCUUUAGAUAAUCAACAUCAAGUAUAUGUUAAUUGUUAUUUAGAUAUUAAUCUUAUUCAACGACAACAAUUAAUACCAAAAUUUUUAUAUUCAUCAACAUAUAAUAUUGAUUUAAUAGAAAUUUCAUCUAAUAGUAAACGAUUAAGACAACGUUUAUUUCAAAUUAUUGCUUUAUUAGAUCAUGAAAUAUAUGAUAAAAAUCUUGAAAUACAUUAUCAAAUCAUUAAUUCAAAUCAAUAUUUUAUUAUUAAUCGUCGAACUGGUUAUAUAGCUUCCAAACAAAUAUUAUAUUCUAAUAAAACCUAUGAAUUUAAAGUUGAAGCAUUUACUGUUGCAUAUCGUGAUGAUAUUGAACAAGAUGAACAUUCAAGUCGUAAUAAAUGGCGUAUUGUUUCAUCUCGAGUUAUAUUACCAAUAAAAAUUCGUGUAUUACCAAUAAAUAUCAUUGAUUCUUCAUUAUCAUUAAAUAAUGAAUCAAUUAUUAAUAUUAAUUUAUUAACAACAACAAAAGUUGGUUCAAUAUUAACACAACUUAAAAUAAAUAAUCAUAAUUAUACACAAUGGUUUAUUAUGAUAGGUCAUAUGGAUUAUACACGUUAUUUUCAUAUAAAUUUUCAAUCUGGUGAACUUAUUCUUAUUCGUCCUAUUAAUGAAUUAAUGAAUAAAACAACAAUAAUUGAAUUACCGAUUAAUAUAACUAAUAAUUGGAUUCAUAUGAAUACAAUUAAAGUUAUUAUUCAUAUUAUAAAUGAUAAACGUUCAUUAAUUUAUUUUUCUCAAACAGAUUAUUAUAUUUCUAUAUUAAAAAAUAUUCCAAUUGAUACUAAAAUAACACGUUUAACUAUUGAAAAUUCAUUUGAUAAUUGUACAUAUAAUAUUCAUUCAGUUGAAAGAAUUCAAUCAAAAGAUUUAUUUCAUAUUGAUUCAUAUACAGGUUUAAUAACUAAUAUUCAAACAUUAGAAAAAUCUAUGAAUAAAAAACAUUUAUUAAUUAUUAUUUAUUAUUGUAAAAAUAUAUCUCAAAUAGCUUAUACACGUUUACAUAUUAAUAUUCUUGAUAAAGAACAAUUAAAAAAUCAAACAAACAAUUCAUAUAGAUUUACUCAAGAUAAUUAUUUAGUUAUAUUUGAAACAUCAUUAAUAAGUAAUCAAAAAAAAUAUUUAAUUGAUUUGGAAUUAAUAAAUAAUAAUCAUUAUGAAAAAAGAAUCAAACCAGAUGCUCAAAUUAUUGAAGGUGAUCCAUUAGGUUUAUUUUCUAUUGAUUCAUCAAAUCAAUCUUUACUUAUUCUUGAUGAAUCUCGUUCUCGUUCAUAUAUUUAUCCAAUUGAAUUAAUUAUAAUUGAUACAUCACAAAUAAAACCUAUCUAUUGUAUUGUAACUAUAUUUAUAUCAAAUAUUGGUAUACAAUUUACUUGUCCAUUUAAUCUAAAUACUUCUCCAUAUCUUUUUACAUAUAAAUCCAUACCUACACAUAGUAUUGAUCCAUUAACUGGUCAACAAUAUGAUUAUUAUGAUUCUUUAAUUAUUUAUGGAUUUGAUACAUUUACAAGUUCAAAUAUUGCUAAAUGUAUUAUUGAUACUGAAAUCAAAUAUUCUAAUGAAAUAAAUGAUUUCGUGUUUGAAAAAGAACUUUAUUAUGGUUAUAUUAAUAGAUCAUUAGAUUCUAUAUCAUUUGUAUAUUACAAUGAUGAACCAAUUUAUUUAUCAAUAAAAAAUCGAAAUCAAUAUUUAAAUUCAUUUAAUAUAACUUAUCAAUUAAUUAAUCAAACAAAUAUAAAUUUAUUUGAAUUAGAUCAAUAUGCUGGAAUAAUAAAAUAUAUUGAAAAAAAUAAUACAUUUAUUAAAUAUUCACUUCUUAUUCUUGCUAGAUAUGAAACUUUUAUGACAUUUACACGUUUAAAUAUUUUUAUAAAUGAUGAUAAACAAUUAUUGUAUAAAUUUAUAUUAUAUAAACCAUUUAUUAAUAAUUAUACAAUUGGAUAUUUAAAUGAAAGAAAUUUAAAUUUAAAAAUUUUAAAUAAAAAAUUAUCAACAAUGUUUUCAAUUGAUAAUAAUAAUGGACGAUUAUUUAUUAAAAAUCAAACAUUAAUUUUAUUAAAUGGAAAUUUUUAUAAUUUUCUUAUUGGAAAAUUUCAUAUUCAAAUAAAUAUAUUAUCAAAAGAAAUAAUUCAAUGUUCAUUAAAUAGAUUUUAUUUACCAAUAGAUAAUCAAUUAAUUGGUUUUAUUGAAAUUUUAAAUACAAAUAAAAAUUAUUUAAAAAAACGAUCAUUUUAUCUUUUAAAUUAUAAUCAUUUAUUUAUACUCGAACGUGAACAUGGUUAUUUACGUUAUCGUAAUCAAAAUCAAUUAAUUAUGAAUGAUUUAAUACUUUUAAUUGAAAUUGAACAUUCACGUUGUUUGAUUACAAUGCGUGGAUUUUCAUCAAUACCUUACAUGAUGAUUAGACAAGGAAAUAAUUUACAUAUGGAAAUUGAAAAAUUAAUGGAUUAUAAAAAGUCUUCUGGUCAAAUUCAACUUCGCAAUGGUUUAUUAAUCAAUUUUGAUAUUAUUCCAAGUCAAGCUCCUAUAUUUUCUCAAAAAUUCUAUAAAUUUUCACUUGAUAUUACUAAUAAUACAAAUAAAAAAAUAUUUAUCGGUCAAAUAAAUGCUCAACCAUAUAAUAUAAAUCGAAGUUAUCUUAUCUAUGAAUUUAUUUUAUCAACAAAAUAUUUUAUUAUUAAUCCAGAUAAUGGUAUUAUUGAAUAUAUUUCAAAUAAAUAUAUAAAUCAAACAAUAAUAGAACAUAAUCAAAUUAUUGUUCGUGAUUUAAUUUAUCAACAAAAUACAACAAUUAAUAUAACAAUUCAUCUAUAUAAAUCAGAAUUAAUCACCUUCACAUCUCAAAUUUAUUAUUUAACAAUAUCAGAAAUUCUUCUACCUGGUUCCAUAAUAUUUCAAUCAAAUAUAUCUAAUAUAGAAAAUCUUCAAUUUUCAUUACAAGAUUAUAACAUCGAUCUUUUUACAAUUGAUUCAAAUACUGGACAAGUAACUCUUGUUAAUUAUUUAUCUAAUCAAUUUUAUACAUUUAAAAUUCAUGUAUCUCCAAUUAAUAAAAUAUUUAUUAUUAAAUUAACUAUUCUUAAUUAUAAUAAUCAUCGUCCAUUAUUUGUAAAUCUUCCAUUAAAUCUAACAAUAUCAUCUGAUGAUAUAUUUGUAACAAAAUUAUCUGCUUAUGAUCUUGAUUUAGAUGAUAAUGAAAAUUUAAAAUAUUAUCUUCUUGAUAAAGAUCAACAAAAAUUUUUUUCAAUUAAUAAUAAAACUGGAAUAAUUAUACAAAAAUUUUUUUCAAAUCAAACAUUUAUUAAAUUAAAAAUUGGUGUUAGUGAUGGUUUAUAUCUAACAAUAAAUUAUCUAUCAAUAACUAUUUAUAAUUAUUGGAAACAUAGUCCAAAAUUUUCUUCAAAUAAUUAUAUAUUUCAAUAUAAUAAUAAAAUUCUUGGACAAAUAUCAGCAUAUGAUUUAGAUCAUAAUGAUCGAAUUAUUUAUAAACUUUAUCUUGAACCAGAUGGAAUUUAUAUUGAUACAUAUACAGGUUUAAUUACAAUUCAUAAAGAUUUAUUUCCUCAAAAAAUUGAAUUUUUUGCAUCAGCAUCUGAUUAUGUACAACAAAUAGUUUAUACAAAAAUUCAAAUUCAUUUUUUAAUUCAACCAAAAUUUACUUCAAAUUUAUAUUUUAUAUCUUUAAAUACAUCAUUAAAUAUUCCAUCAGAAAUAUUUCAUUUAAAACUUGUUGAUUCAAUAAAUCAACCAUUAUCAUUAACAAAAUUUAAAAUUGAUCAAAUAAAUUUUUUUGAAAUAAAUCAAAAUAAAUUAAUUUUAAAAAAACAAUUAAAUCCAUUAAAAAUUUAUUAUUUUAAUAUAUAUGGUUAUUGGAAAAAUUAUACAUGUCAAACAUCAAUACAAAUAAAUUAUGUUAAUCAAAUAUAUAAAUUAAAUAAAAAUUUUUAUGAAUUUUUAAUUGAAAAAAAUUUAUUAAAAAAUAAUUAUUUAAUUAAAAAAUUUCAUAUAAAAAAAAAUUCUAUUUUAAUUAUUACUUCAACACCAUUAACAAGAAAUAAUUGUAUAGAAAAUUUUUAUAUUAAAGAAAAUAAAUUAUUUUUUAAAAAUUAUCCUAUUCUAUCUGAUUUAUGUUUUUUUGAAAUACAAUUAUCAAAUGAAAAAUCAAUAUCUUCAAGUCAAAUUAAAAUUUUAUUUAUUCAUUUAUAUAUUCAACCAAAAUUUUCACCGAAUAUUUAUUAUUUUUAUACAAAUAAUAUUCGUGUUUUUGCAAAAAGUUUAAAUAUUAUUCGAUAUAAAUUACAAACAAAUUCAUAUGGUUUAUUUAUUAAUCAAACUAAUGGUAUUAUAUCAUUUAAUUAUGAUUUAGAUAGAAUGAAAAAAUUUCAUCAUAUUCAAUUAGAAGUUUAUGCUAUUGAUGAAAAAACAUAUUUAAAUGAUACAGCAUUGAUUCAUAUUGGAUUUAAUAAACAAAAAUCAUUUGAUAUACCAAUGAAAAUUCCAUUAUGUUCAAAUACAUCAAUUUCAAUUUCAGAUCAAACUUCAUCUGGUACAAUCAUUCAAAAUAUCGAUCUGAAGAAUAACAAUUCAAAUCAUUAUUAUAUUCUAUCCGGAGAUAAAUAUAAUUUGUUUGCUAUAAAUAAUUUCGGUCAAAUCUAUUUAAACUCAUCAAUGCUUAAUAGAACAUCUGAAGAAUAUUUUGAUUUAGUUAUUCUGAUAUCAUCUCUAUCAAUAUCUUAUUGUCAUACUAAUAUAUCAAUAAUUCGAUCACCGAAUUGGUCUUAUUUUAUUUGUCCUGUAAUGCCAAUAGAAUGGAUGAUUGAAGAAGAAUCUCCUAUUGGUACAAAAAUAGGUAAUAUUAAAGAAAUAUUAUUCAUGAUAAAUAAUAAUUCUCAAUUAAUUGAAAAAAUUCAAAUGAAAUUAAAUAAUAAUAUUGAUACACAAACAUUUCAUUUAAAUUCUUCAACAGGUAUAUUAAUAUCUAAAUUUCGUCUUGAUUAUGAACAAAAACAUAUUUAUUCAUUUUCAAUUAUACUUGAACCUAAUGAAAUUCAUUGUUCAUUGAUAAUAUUAAUUAAAUUAAUAAAUAUUAAUGAUAAUUUAAUAGAAUUUGAUCAAAAAUCAUUAAUAUAUAAUAUUAAUGAAAAUAAUCUUAUACCAUUAUAUAUUGGUCGUAUAAAAAUAAUUGAUCAUGAUCAAUUAUUUUCAUUUAAUUAUAAAUAUUAUCUUAAAAAUAUUUCAUCACAAAUUUCAAUUGAUUUAACAACUGGUUCAAUUAUUUUAUUUGAUAAAUUUGAUCGAGAAAUUCAUGGUGAAAAAUUACAAUAUGAAAUUAUUUUAUUAGAUUAUAUUAAUCAAAAAAAUUUAACAAAUAAUUUAAUAAUUAAUAUUAAUGAUUUAAAUGAUCAUGGACCAAUAUUUGAAAAAGAUUUUUAUCAUAUAAAUAUAAAUAAAUCUAGUCAACCUGGAAAAUUUAUAUUUCAAAUAAAUGCAACAAGUUAUGAUCCAAUAAUGAAUGGAAAUAUAAGUUAUUAUUUAAGAAAUUCUUCAUCUAGUUUUUCAAUUAAUAAAUAUACAGGAAAUAUUUAUUUAAAUGAAUAUAUUUCAACAAUAGUAGAAAAUUUUACAUUAAUUAUUGAAGCUAUUGAAGAUGGUAUUAAUUUAACUGAUCGAACAAAUAUUUUUAUAUCGAUUAUAAAUGAUGAUUAUAUUUAUUUUCAAUUAGAUAAUCAAUAUCAAUGUUAUCUUGAUGAAAAUGAACCAAGUGGUACAAUAAUUUGUACAAUAGGAAAAAAUUCAAUUGAUUUUAUUUAUUAUUUAUAUGAUCCAAUGAAUUUAUUUGAUAUUUUAUCAAAUAAUGCAACAAUUAUUAAUCGAAAAAUAUUUGAUUAUGAAAUAGAUAAACAUGAAUAUAACGUGACAAUUAUUGUACAAGAUCGAAAGAAUCAGUCUAUUUUAUUAUCUUCUAUAAAUGUUACUAUAUAUAUUCGUAAUUUAAAUGAUAAUCCUCCAGAAUUUUUAACAAAAAAUUUUACAAAACUUUUAUAUUUUUAUUAUCCAUUGAUAAAUACAAUACUUUAUAAAAUUGAAUUUAUUGAUAAAGAUCAAUCAAAUUUAACUUAUGAAAUUAUUAAUGAUAUUUUUACAAGUUAUACACUUCAUACAUAUAAAAAUAUUAUUGAACUUAUUCUUAUUAAAUCUAUUAUUCAUAAUCAUGAAGAUAAUUUAAUUAUUCGUAUAUGGGAUGAUAAAAAAAUUUUUUCAGAUUUAAAUCUUAAUAUAAAUUAUUUUCAAUAUAAUAUUGAAUAUCCAAAAAUUUUAUUACAAAAAAUUGAUGGUUAUAUAAAUUUUGAAGAAAAUUUUUUUACAAUUAAUCUUGGUCAAUUAUUUAUUGAAAAUCAUUCAAAAUAUCAAUUUAUUUAUUUUAAUUUAAUAUCAAAUAAAAAUUUUUUUCUAAAACAAUUAACAAAUAAUCAAACUGAACUUUAUUAUAAAUCUUUUCAUCAAAUAUCAUCUAUUGAAUAUCAAAUUUAUUUAAUUUCUUUAGCUAUAAAAGAAUUUAUACCUGAAAUUAUUUUUCAUAAUAAUAAUAAUAAUACAAAAAUUUUUUUUCCAUCAAUAGAAAAAUUACAAACAAUUAAUAUUCAUUUUUUACCUAUCUAUCGUGAAAUGUUAAAUCAAACAAUAUCAUUAAUAAUAAAUAUAAAUUCUAAUAUAACAUAUGAACAAUUUAUUAAUGAUAAUUUACCAAUAAUACGACAAAAUUUAGCUCAAAUUAUUAAUGUACAUAUAAAUCAUGUUCAUAUUUAUACAUAUGAAUUAAAACAAAAACAAAUUGAAUUAUUAAUUGCUAUAUUAGAUUCAACAAUGAAUAAUUAUAUAAAUAAAGAAAUUCUUUAUAAUAAAUUAAAAAAUUCAAAAAAUCUUUUUGAUAAAAUUCUUUUUAAUCAAUGUCAAUUAAAUUCAUGUGAAAAUAAUGGUUAUUGUACUAGUUAUAUUAGUUUAUUAUAUAAUCAAUAUGAAUAUAUUUAUUAUAAUACAUAUCAACGUUUAAUACCAAAAUAUCAAUGGAAUAUAAAAUGUUUAUGUAAAAAUAAUUAUUAUGGAGAACGUUGUCAAUUUAAAUAUACUAAAAAAUCACCAUGUUCAUCAAAUCCUUGUUUAUCAAUAGAAAAAUGUAUUGAAGAAAAUUCAACAACAUAUUCAUGUCAAUGUAUAGAUGAAUUAUGUAAUUAUAAUAAUAUUCUUAAGAAUAAUUCAUUUCAAUGUAUUAAUAUCAAUUCACCAACAUGUCGAAAUUCAUCAAAUACAUUAACUUUUAAUGGUAAUAGUUUAAUUCAAAUGAAUAUAACUAUGAAUAUAACACAACAAAUGAAAAUAACAUUAAGUUUUCGUACAUAUUCAAAUAAAAGUCAAUUAUUUAAAUUAAUUUAUUUUAAUGAAAAAACUAAAAUAUUUCAUUCAAUAAUUUUAAAAAUUAUUAAUGGUUAUAUUAAUAUUGAAUUUGAUGAAAAAAUUCUCUUAGAAUUAAAUCAAACAUUAAUUAAUGAUGGUUUAUGGCAUGAUAUUUAUUUUUCAAUAGAUUAUAUUCAUAAAUAUUAUCUUAUUCGACUUGAUCAUAUAUUUAGUACUAAAAUAAUAUUAUUACAACAAAUUUAUUCAAAUAAUCUUAAACAAUUAAUAAUUGGUAUUGAUUUUAAAGGUUGUUUAGGUAAUUUAACAUUAAAUAAUCAAAUAAUAUUUUAUCAACAACAAAAAAAUAAUAAUAAUUUAAUUGAAUUUAUUAAUAUAAAUAAUAAUUGUCUAUCAUUUGAAAUUAUUCAAGAAAAUUUUCAUACGAAUGAUUUUUGUUCAUUAUAUCAUCCAUGUUAUCAUGGUGGAAUAUGUAUAAAUUAUGGAUUAAAUUUUAAAUGUAAUUGUUCAAAACCACGUUUUACUGGUCGUCAAUGUCAAUUAGAUUUAUAUCCUUGUGAAAGUUAUCCAUGUCAAUAUGAUGAAAAAUGUAUACCAUUAUUAUCAAAUUCAAAUAAAUCAUUUAAAUGUGUUGCUAUAUCAGUUAUUUCUUUAUCAAUAUCAAUAAAAAGAUAUGUACUUAUUGGAUUAAUUAUUACAUUGAUUAUAUGUAUUUUAUUAAUAUUAAUUAUUUAUUAUUAUAAAAAACAAAAAGAAAAUUUUAUUAAUGAUAAACCAUUAGUUUCAGCACCAUUACUUAUACAUAAACAAUCAUCAAUAACAAAUCAUAUUGAAAGUUCAAGACAAAGAUUACUUAAAUUAAAUUAUAAUGAAACACAAACUAAUGAAACUAUAACAUUUGGAGAGAAUAAUCAUAGAAAUCCGAUAAUAAAUUAUUUAAAUAAUAGAAAUGAUUCAAAAUAUUAUUUAACUAAAACGACUAUUCCAUCAGAUGAUUUUAUUGUUCAUGAUAAUUCACCUAAUUAUGAUAACACAUAUAUUUCACCAAAAACAGAAUUAUUUGAUUUUUCAUUAUCACCAACACAAUAUUUUAAUAUUCAUAAAUCAGAUAAUGAAAUAAAUUAUCAAAUUCGUUUGAAUUCUUUAUCUGAUUUAACAGAAAAUGAACUUAAUUUAACUGAAUCAUCAAAUACAUCAUCUAAUAAUGAUCAAAUUCUAUUAACAUUUUCAAUAACAAAUCAAAAUCAUAAAUAUUUACGUACUGUUAAUCAUAACAAUAUAUCUAGAUCAGUAACAUCAUUACCAAAACUACCUAUCUAUGCAAGAAUUGUUAAAACACCUAAAAUGAUAAAUAUGUCUGUCAAUAAUAUUGAUUGUAAUCGAUUAAGUAGUUCAUUGACUUCAACUGCAACAUCUCUUCUACAAUCAACCGAAAACGAUAAUAUUGGAACAAAUAAAUCGAAAAUGAAAACAAAAACUAUAAAUCGUUUAAGACAAACAAGUGACUCAGAUAUUGAAAAUCAUAGAAAAAAAUCGAAUACAUUAGCUUCUUUCUUUCAAACUGAUGUAUAA